AAACACUAGAAAUACGUUUUAGUGAAUAAAAGUUUAUAUUAAGAAAAUUUUACUCCAUUUACUACAUUAUUUGCUUACUAAGAUGCAAUGUGUAAGACAAUGUACAAGAUUUGUAUCAAGUCAGAUACUUGGUACAAAUAACUCAAAUAAUUUGUCUGGUAUGUUAAAAUCAUUAUAUGUUAUUCCAUCUCGUAAUAUAUAUAAAUUAGCAAGUUAUGAAAACUAUACCAAAAAGUUUAUGGAACACAAUAAAACUAUUUUUCCUCCACAAAAGCCAGGAGAAGAAAAGCGGCCUGGAUACGUUUGUAACAUGAAAAAAGAUAUAAAAUACAGUCCAUUGAAAAUGUGGUAUGUUGCUUGUUUUGUGAGAGGCAUGACUGUAGAUGAGGCAAUUAAGCAAUUAAGUUUCUUAAACAAAAAAGGUGCAGCUAUUGCAAAAGAAGUUAUAUUGGAAGCACAGAACAUGGCUGCAGAUCAUAAUAUUGAGUUUAAAAGUAAUUUAUGGGUUGCCGAGUCUUUCGCAACAAAGGGUAUGGUAAUAAAAGGUAUGCGUCGUCACGCCAAAGGCCGUCAAGGAAUCGUGCAUUAUAGACACUGUAACUAUUUUGUACGUCUAGAAGAAGGAAAACCACCUGCAGACUAUUAUAUGAAGAAUCCUAAGAGUGGCAAAGAAUUGUUGGAUGAAUGGAUGGAUAAAAUGCAACAUCGCAAAGUACUCAAUUCACUGUAAUUUAUUAAAUACAUGAAAUUACAUAUUGAAUUUAAUUUAUUAAAGUGAACCAUUUUUUCCAUUAUAUUACUGUUGUAUCCAACAUUCGUAUGUUUAAAUAGUGGGUUUCAAUAUAUUUGAAAACGGGUUUACAUGUUUAAUUUGAAUUUAUUUAAGGAUGAAUAAUUAACACACAGUAAGAGAAUUGAAGCCAAUAUAAAUUAGAAUA